CAUACGCAAGUCUCUUUCGAGAAACAUUUGCAUUCCUGAGCACGCGACAGGCUCUUGCUUUGCUGCGCGCCCUCUAUAUUUCCUUCUCUCUUCUCUCUUUGUCCUCUUGUUCGAGUACACCGACACCUCCCCAUCCACUAUCCGCUCGACUUCUGCCACCAUGGCCACCCUCAAUACCUCGACCAACGGCCCAAAUAUUACUCGAAGUUAUCAGGGCAUUGUAAAUGCUCCGCCGCCAUCCGGAGCGCAAGCCAGCUCACCAACGUACGGCCAAUGGGCUGUCUUCACCGUUUCUGCCCCACUAGUCAGCGCAUUCCAGCAGGACGGCGGGAAGGAGAGCGUCUUGAAGGUCCAGAGUACUGGCGAGGGAGAACUUACCGACCUCAUCGAUGAAUUCUCCGACGGCCGCAUUCAAUUCGCCUUUGUCAAAGUCAAGGACUCCAACACGACCCUCCCAAAAUGCGUCCUGAUAGCAUGGUGCGGAGAGGGUGUGCCUGAGCGGACCAAAGGCUAUUUUGGCAGCCAUCUCGGUGUGGUUUCAAAACUUCUACAUGGCUACCAUGUCCAAGUCACCGCCCGAUCAGACGCGGAUCUCACCCCGGAGAAGAUUGUGCAAAAGGUUGCCGAUGCCUCAGGUUCGAAAUACUCAGGCGGGCCGGCAAUUUCCUCAGCAGUCGGUCCUCCACCCAUCGCCACCAAGAAGCCCGUGUUUACACCAACUCAAGUAGGCGGGGGAGGGUCGGGAUUCAAUCCUCUUGGGUCGAGGUCCAGGGCACCAGCGCCAAGCACGAACGUGGACGAGGAUGGUUGGGGCGCCGAUGCACCGCCUGUGACGCGCACGCAGCUAGAGAAGGUCCAGCCUGCCUAUAAGCCGACGAAAGUCAACAUGGCUGAGCUUGUUUCGAACAAGCCAGAGCAGUCCCGCUUCCAAGCUCCGCAGGCACACUCUUCAGCACCGGAUGUGGUCAAGGGUGGGUACCAGCCAAUUGGCAAGGUGGACAUUGCAGCACUCCGACGCGAGGCAAAAGAAGCACACGAUGAUAGACCUGCGCCGGUCAAGGGAGCAUACGAACCAGUAGGCAAGGUUGACAUUGCAGCCAUUCGCGCCAAGGCUCAAGGCGGGCCUUCUGCGACCUCGCCGCCCUCAGGAUUAUCACCAGCGGCUACUGGCGCAUCUGGCCGUAGCAACGACGACGAAGAAAGGCCAAGGUCCCUUGCGGAAAGGUCCGCAGCUUUCUCGCAGUCCGAGAGGCUCACAAUGCUUCCAAAGCCGAAGGUUGCAAACAAAUUCGGCAGUGCGAGCGCUUUUACAGGAACGAAAGCCCCAACGCCCGCGGUGUUUGGAGUCAAGGCGCCUGCUGCGUCCGCCCCAGUCGGAACCGCGAGCAAGACUUUUGCCGACGAAGGUGGGAAGACUCCUGCUCAGAUCUGGGCCGAGAAGAAAGCUGCUCAAGGGGGGUCUUUGAAGUCCCCCACCGCUGUCAGCGGCCUCACAUCUCCUCUUCCUGCACAAACCAGUGGCGGCGGCGGCGGCGGAGGAGGAGGAGGAGGAUGGCAGAGUGGUUACACAGGCAAGAGCUGGGCACCAGUCCAGACAACCCGAACAGGACAGUCUGUAGGUAGUAACCUCAGCAACCAGAGAACCGGCGAAGAGUCCCAACAAGAAGAGCCUGCAUCGCCAGCUGGCGGUAUCAGUGCUCUAAAGGACCGCUUCAAAGGGGCUGCGCCGAUGGGUGUUCCUACCACGCGACCCAUUCCUCAGCCUGAAUCACCACCACCAAUGGACAUGUCAAGCAAGCCGAAUGCAGGAUCUCGAGGCGUCCCGAUCCCGGGUCUGCCAACACGUCCUGCCGUGCACGAGGAUGAUGUACCUCCCGUACAACAUCAACGCCUUCCUUCACCUCCACCGCAACCCCGAAGCCCGUCUCCUGAGCCCUCGGGAUCCCCCGUCCGCAUUGCUAUGCCAGUCGCUCGCGGACGAGAACCCGAGAAAUUGUCGCCCGCAGAAGAACACCCACCUGCGAUGCCAACUCGUUCCCUCGACCACGCUGCUCACCAAGCUCGCGACCUCUCUCCGGAACCCCAAGUCGGAGCCAAAGAACCAGCCCGUGGUGCCGGCGUCGCUGUCGCCGCCACAACAUUUGGAGUCGCCGCCGUCGCUGGCGCCACAGCCAUAGGAGCGGGAGCAGGAGCAGGGGCCGGUUCAGGAGACUCAAGUGGAGGCAAACGUGCCGUAAUCCAAUACGACUACGAAAAGGCCGAGGAUAACGAAAUCGGGCUCCGCGAAGGCGAGUACGUCACCCACAUCGAAAUGGUGGAUGAGGACUGGUGGAUGGGGCAAAACUCGGCUGGAGAAACUGGACUCUUUCCUUCUAACUACGUCGAACUUGUCGAGGACAACGAAGAGGGUGGGGAAGGCGUUGGCGCGCCUCCGUCACUGCCUUCGCAUCCUUCCGCCGCGGAAGAAGAGCCACCUGCGGGGCCCUCGCAGCCCGCAGGUGGUGCGGGACCCACAGCGACAGCGCUGUAUGAUUAUGAUGCCGCCGAGGAUAACGAGCUGAGUUUUCCGGAGGGUGCGACGAUUACAGGUGUGGAAUUUCCAGACGAAGACUGGUGGCUGGGCAACUUCAACGGGCAGUCUGGUCUCUUCCCUGCAAAUUACGUGCAGCUUGAUGUGUAGGCCUCGAACUUGCGACAUGACAUAAUCUUGGUGAUUUUCGUGAUUGCAAGUCAGUUUCGGUGCCGAGGUUGUAGAUUGGAUGAAUAGAGGGUGUGUGUCUUUUUAAGCAUAGUGAGCGUGUGCGUGCGAGUGAUGGAUGGGUGGUAUGAACGUCAAGAUUGGGUCAAGUCUGUGGGUGACUGGAUGGAGUAGCCACAAAAGUUGAAAUGGAUACUAUUGAAACAUCUCUCCAACUAUUGUAUCUAUGUGGCUGGCUGGCUACAUUAGUGUGCCUAUGAGUGAG